UCGAGCGCCCACUUUGCUGGACGCCAGGCGCUGACAGGAACAGUUCAGCUAGCUUGUUAACAGGUAAAUAACAGUCGGGUCAGUAAUGGCGGAGAACAGCGGUAACAUGAACAUUAACCCGGCCAACCUUCCACCGGGAGACCCGCAGCUUAUCGCCAUGAUUGUGGAGCAUUUAAAGAACCGAGGGCUUUUCGAUGAAUUCCGCAGGGACUGUUUAGCUGAUGUCGACACGAAGCCCGCCUACCAGAACCUGCGGCAAAAAGUUGACAACUUUGUGUCUUCGCACCUCAGUACGCAGGACUGGAACCCGUCCAUCAACAAGAACCAGAUGAGGAACGGACUCAGACAAAGUGUUGUUCAAUCAGGAAUGCUGGAGUCUGGUGUGGACAGGAUUAUUACUCAGGUCGUGGACCCCAAGAUGAACCACACCUUCAGGCCUCAAAUAGAGACUGCUGUUCAUGAAUUUCUCUCCUUGGAUGGGAAAGAGGAGAACACCUCAAGUCUGAACUCUGCAUCAUCUGAGCAAACAGAACCACAGGAGCCCCCCGGUGUCUCUGGCCCCAAAACCCCCCUGCUGGCCAUGGAGCUGCAUGAUCAUAUCCUGGAGAAACAGGGGAGCCAGGUGAAAAGGCGCCUCUCCCUGCAGAGCACAGCUGAAAUCCAGAGCUGCCUGGUGAGUUCAGGGGAUGUCGGCUGUGGGAUGUUUCAGUGUUUCAGCAACAACUCCUGUGAGAUCCACGGCCUUCACCACAUAUGCCUCACUCUGCUGCACAACGCAGGACGCUAUGACUCCCAGGGUAAAUCAUAUGUAAAGGACGCACUUCGAUGCAUGGCGCUUGGACUGCGUCAGCGUUUCAGCUGCGUGAGCCGCCGCUGCUCUGCAGUGAAGGAGAUGGUGUUCUCGCUCCAGAGAGAGUGCUACUCCAAACACCACCUCUGCCUCGCUGUGCGCGAUCACCUGGACACCAUGGGGAACCUGGUCCAGUUCCAACUUAUGUUUCCUGCAGGGCCGUACGUCGAACUAAUGAACUUCCUGUUAAAGUGUGGAGGCGAGAUCAGAACCUGGGUCGGACGCCGUUUACGGGGACAGUGUGAGCAACACUGGGGGGGGCUCUGCAGCACCUUUAUAAACACCUGCCCUCACAGUCAAUCUGACCCCACCAGUCCACCCCCCUUCGUCACCGGACCCGUCACCCCAGUGGACCCUCUGCAGCAUCCUACCAGCGAGGUUGAUCGAGAAGACAUGACCUCUGACAGGCUGACAGGCAGCACCAUCAAAUCUGAUCUCACUGCGUCUUGAAGCCUCUUAUAUCACGAGUUACACAGGUGCACCCAGGGUACACAAACAUUAAGCACUUAUAUUAUCCGUAGAAUAAGAAAAAAAAGUUACGUAAGAUGGGUUUUCUGUUUAGUGUUGUCAGUGAAAGCAAUGUAGCAAUAUUUAUUUAGUGUGUGGGUGUUAUAAGUAGAUUUAUAUUUUUUCAGAACAGUUAUAGGACAGAAAGCCAUUAAUCUACCUCGCUCCAGUAUUACUUUUUUCUUCAGAGUGGCACACUAACUCGUUAACACAGGGACAAUUUUUUUUUAGCUAAUGAGCAACUGAUGGCAAAAUAUUACGUUUCUUUUUGUGUUUAUUAGCAACUUGUGCAUCGUGUAUACAACUAAUGUACAGGCAUUUAAACAAAUGAUCAGACCACCCAUGCUUUUCUCCAUUUCUUGAUCUGAAGGCGUUUUAAUGCAAAAACAGAAAACGAAACGGGUGGUCUGAUAGUUGCUUUCAUGACUUUUUAUCUUGAAAUGUUACACCUACAUGUAGGGAUGCACGAUAUUGGGAUUUUGGCCGAUAUCCGAUAUUUUAAAA